AAAUGGCUCCCUCCGCGAUAGUCCUCGCUUCCCUUCUGGCGCUCGUCCAGGCCGGUCCCUUCGUCGGUCUGAGCAUCCCUACCUUGGGCCCACGCAUAACCGGAGGCCGGAACGCCAUCAAGGGCGAGUUCCCGCACCAGGUGUCCCUCCAGUGGUCGGCCACCCCAACGGGUGCUCCCAAGCACUUUUGCGCGGGCACGAUAUUACAGCCCACCUGGAUACUGACCGCCGGCCACUGCGUCCACGCGGUCCCGCCUUUUGGGAACUUUGUCGUCAAGGCCGGCAAGCACAACAUCAGCGCGCACGAGUCCACCGAGCAAACGGCCCAGGUCCAGAGGAGCAUCGUCCACGAGGACUACCCGGGGAACGUGGCACCGAACGACAUAGCGCUGCUGAGGCUCAGGACGCCCCUGAGGGAGAACCAGUACGUGAGGAGGAUAAGCCUCCCGAGGCCGGACGUCCUGCCCACGGGUAGGCUCGAGUUGUCCGGCUGGGGUUCGGUGUCCCUGACCAGCGGGCCCGUUUAUCCGGACAUCCUGCAGAAGGUCAACCUGACGGUCGUCGACUUGGCCACCUGUAGGCGCAUGAUCGAGCGCCUCACCGGCUCCGCGCCCCUGGCGAACUCGAACCUGUGCACUGGACCGCUCACCGGGGGUAUAUCAGCGUGCAGCGGUGACUCUGGCGGCCCGCUGAUCAAGAAUAAUGGCACUCGCAAGGAAAUCGUGGGCGUAGUCUCGUGGGGGAUCGUGCCGUGCGGGACGCGCAACGCGCCCUCGGUCUUCACGAGAGUGUCCGCCUACGUGGGCUGGAUAAACAACAAAAUCAAUGGCAACUACGAGGCGUACCUCGACACGCUCGUUUGAAAGCUCAACCAAACGACUCUCGCCUACAUAGAUUUCUCACUACUCGUUUGUGCAAAUAAAUAAAUAAAUACACACGGUACAUAUAUAUAAUA